GGAAGAAGGAAGGGAACCGGAAGUUGACGCGUCAGAGAAGGAACCGAAGAAGACGGAGCUGCGAAGGGGGGGAGAAAAUGAUCCAAACAAUGCGACAAUUCUCCUCGUUAGCGUCGUUAAUACACCAGUCGAAUGACGUCACGAAGCUACUCAGCCUCCGGUGAUCGGUAAACGGCUCUCCAGUAAGUCAGCUCGCCCGGUACCCAGUGAAACAACCGACGACGUUCCGCAGCUAGCUGUUAGCUAAAGCUAACCGACACCGCCAGGUGUGCAGCGGUUCGCUAAGCGGGUAGCAGGUAACCAGCAGGGGCCUCACUGUUUGUUUGGAUCGGCGCCCUCGGCCUUCAGAAGAGCUUGUCUUGAGGGGGGGGGGGGGGUGGGCGGAGCUACAGGGGUCAUGUGCCAGGUGUGAGGCAGCUUCUCUGCAGACACACUGAGGAGAGGAGAUGAAGCUGAAGCAGCGUGUGGUGGUUCUGUGUGUGGUUCUGCUCCUGCUGGGCCUGGCUAAGAUCUUCCUGCUGGAUGGAGGCGACGGCUCGGUGGCAAGCCGCCGCGACCUCAGAGCCUUUCGAAAGAUGGAGGCGGGGCUCUCUCUGGCCCGGGGGGCUCACCUCACGCACACCCUCCAGUCCCCGUGGGAGAUAGCCAGCCAAUGGGUGGGCCCGAGGGAGGUGUACCCCGAAGAGACCCCCGAGCUGGCCGCCGUGCUCACCUACCUCAGCACCGCCCGCGUGGAGCGGGCCGAUGUGGGCUACAAGGGCACGCAGCUCAAGGCCCUGCUGGUCCUGGAGGGGGGGCAGAAAGUGGUCUUCAAGCCCAAGAGAUACAACAGAGACUACGUGGUGGAGGGGGAGCCGUACGCAGGCUACGACCGCCACAACGCCGAGGUGGCUGCUUUCCACCUGGACAGGAUCCUGGGCUUCAGGAGGGCUCCUCUGGUGGUCGGGAGGAACAUCAACGUGCGCACGGAGAUCAAACCUGUGGCCACGGAGCAGCUGCUGGGCACCUUCCUCGUGCAGGGUAACAACACCUGCUUCUAUGGGAAGUGUUACUACUGCCGUGAGAGCGAGCCGGCCUGUGCCGAGGCGGAGGUCAUGGAGGGGUCGCUGACCCUCUGGCUGCCCGACGUCUGGCCGCUGCAGAAGCACCGACAUCCGUGGGGACGGACGUACCGCGAGGGGAAGCUGGCCAGGUGGGAGUACGAUGAGAGCUACUGUGAAGCCGUGAAGAAGAUGCCUCCUUACGAUGCCGGGCCGCGGCUGCUCGACGUCAUCGACACGGCCAUCUUUGAUUACCUCAUCGGGAACGCCGACCGCCAUCACUACGAGAGCUUCCAGGACGACGGCGGCGCCAGCAUGCUCAUCCUGCUGGACAACGCCAAGAGCUUUGGGAACGCCGCUCUGGAUGAGCGGAGCAUCCUGGCGCCGCUCUACCAGUGCUGCAUGGUCCGCGUCUCCACCUGGAACCGGCUGAACAUGCUGAGGGGCGGAGCUCUGAGUGCCGACAUGCGCCAGGCGCUGGAUUUCGACCCGAUCCGGCCGGUGCUGGCCGAGCCUCACCUGGCAGCUCUGGACCGGCGCCUCUCGGCCGUCAUGGCGACGGUGAAGCAGUGCAUGGAGGCCCAGGGCCCCGACAACACGCUGAUAGAGGACCGGAUGAACCUGCCACACCCCUAGAGACCAGGACCCACUCUGCAGAGACCUCACCGGUCCAAACAAACGGUUCCUCCGCCUGAGGAGGACGGCUGGAGCUCCGAGGGAUGUAGAAGUUCAGAGGAGCAGGAGAUGAGGCUCCAACACGACCACGUUCAGCCCCAGGCCGGGUCCACCGAGCUGAGAGAGGAGAACCAACGGGUUCCUCCCUCGUCAGUGUGUACAUAUUUAACUAAGUAGUGACGUAGAAUCAAGAGACAGAAGAACACUCAUUUGUGGGUAAUAUUACUCUGUGUGCGUGUGUGCGUGUGUGUGUGUGUGUGUGUGUGUGUGUGUGAGAGAGAGUGCACGUGCGUGUGCAGGGUUCCUCGUCCUCAUUACCUGGUCUAUCUCCUCCAUGUGGUCCUUUAGACCCCCAUCCAACAGGAUUCAUGUCUGCAAACAGGCGACAGGAACAAAGUGAUGCGCCUUCACAGCGGGAAUAUGUUAAAGUGGGUGUGGGGGGGGGGGGGUGUGUGUAAGUGCUGCAACCACAAGAUUAUAAACAUGGACGCACAAACAUUUGAACACAAGGUGCCUUUAAUGCUGACAAAGGUAGAACAUUAUUAUUAAUUGUCUCACUUUCUAAUUUGAUUCAUUAUUUUAAGUUCUUUCCCUAAAUUGUUUUGUGUUGGUCAGAUUCUAAAGACGCUCUGAUGGGUGGACACACACACAGGGACAUGGGGACACACUGAGACACACACACAGGGACAUAAGGGGACAUAAGGACACACACAUGGGGACAUAAGGACACACAGGGACAUGGGGACACACUGAGACACACACACAGGGACAUGGGGACACACUGAGACACACACAUAGGGACAUAAGGACACACACAUGGGGACAUAAGGACACACGGGGACACACUGAGACACACACACAGGGACAUGGGGACACACUGAGACACACACAUAGGGACAUAAGGACACACACAUGGGGACAUAAGGACACACGGGGACACACUGAGACACACACACAGGGACAUGGGGACACACUGAGACACACACAUAGGGACAUAAGGACACACACAUGGGGACAUAAGGACACACGGGGACACACUGAGACACACACACAGGGACAUGGGGACACACUGAGACACACACACAGGGACAUAAGGGGACAUAAGGACACACACAUGGGGACAUAAGGACACACAGGGACACGGGGACACACUGAGACACACACACAGGGACAUGGGGACACACUGAGACACACACAUAGGGACAUAAGGACACACACAUGGGGACAUAAGGACACACGGGGACACACUGAGACACACACACAGGGACAUGGGGACACACUGAGACACACACACAGGGACAUAAGGGGACAUAAGGACACACACAUGGGGACAUAAGGACACACAGGGACACGGGGACACACUGAGACACACACAAUCUGAAUGAAUAAAUAUUUAAC